GUCAGCAAAAAAAUCUUGUCUGAAUGCAAGUUUUUAUUUUAAUGACUAGCUAUAUUAUUUAGCCUGCCCCGAGCUUGCCAUCCAGCAAAAGACACAAAAAACUUCGAAAUUUGAGACCUUUUAAAAAAAAAAAAUCUUAUUUAUUUGAUUUAUUUCCGAGUCUGCUGAAUCAUAUCUGACCCAACGUUAACUUAGCUACUGCUGUAAUUUCACACUAGCUACUGCAACAGCAAUGGCAGUCGGGCAGUGAGACACAUGUCAACAGUCUGUGAGCCGAAAAACAUUUACGCUGGGGGCGAGAGAAGACACUUAGCAAAAUGUCUCGGCACAGAAAUGUUCGAGGUUACAACUACGAUGAAGAUUUCGACGAUGAUGACAUUUAUGGACAUUCUGUAGAUGACGACUGCUGUAUAUCACCAGCAACAGCAAAUCAGUUUAUCUACUCUCGUCAAGAGAGGCAAGCACCAAAAGAGGGGCCUUUAGAAGAGGAAGAAUAUGAAGAUGAUGUACCCAUGUCCCCUACCAUCAGCCACAAUCUUGACCCUCUUGACCAAGCCAAGCUGUAUUCCUGUCUGGACCAUAUGCGGACUGUUUUGGGAGAUGCAGUGCCAGACUCAAUCCUGACCCAGGCAGCCAUAAAAUGUGGAUUCGACCCACAGAAGGCAUUGGAUGCAGUCCUGUCUGAAGACGCUAAGACAGCCCCAGUUACCAGAAGUACCAAUGAAGAGACCGCUUCGGUAGCAAGAGUUAGCCAGGAGAAAGCACCGCUUCCACAAAGAACCAAACAAGCGGCCGUGGUUGAAAAAGCUAAAAUAAGAGAUGUGUCUCACAAUAAACUGGACUCUGAAGUGGUACCCAAAGUGGCCCGAAUGACCGUCUCUGGCAAGAAGCAGACCAUGGGCUUUGAUGUUCCCAGCACAGGGGAGAAUGGCGUUGUCACGGCUUCGGUACGCCGUGGUGGCAGCCCUGAAAACGCCACCGCAACCCCUGCCUCAGAGGCCACGCCCAAGCGCCCUGAGACUCCAGCUAAAGGGUCCAAUGGAGACGAGCCCUCCACAGUUCCCACCCCAGGCCGCUCCUCUGGAAAGGCUCGGCAGUCGAUCAAUAUCAAAGCUGAAUUGGAGAAAAGGCAGGGGGGCAAACCUCUGUUAAAUUUGGUUGUUAUAGGUCAUGUGGACGCGGGUAAAAGCACACUGAUGGGCCACCUGCUUUAUCUGCUGGGCAACGUCAACAAGCGCACCAUGCACAAGUAUGAGCAGGAAUCGAAGAAGGCGGGAAAGGCCUCCUUCGCCUAUGCUUGGGUCCUAGACGAAACUGGCGAGGAGAGGGACAGAGGUGUGACGAUGGAUGUGGGCAUGACCAAGUUUGAGACAAACUCUAAGGUGGUGACCCUGAUGGAUGCACCAGGACACAAAGACUUCAUCCCCAACAUGAUCACAGGAGCUGCACAGGCCGACGUGGCGGUGCUGGUGGUGGACGCCAGCCGAGGAGAGUUUGAGGCAGGCUUCGAGGCGGGCGGUCAGACCAGAGAGCAUGCCCUGUUGGUGCGUUCGCUUGGCGUCACUCAGCUGGCUGUAGCUGUCAACAAGAUGGACCAGGUAAACUGGCAACAAGAGCGUUUCCAAGACAUCAUUACCAAACUUGGCCAUUUUCUCAAGCAGGCAGGAUUCAAGGAGUCUGAUGUUUUCUACAUCCCCAGCAGCGGUCUGUCAGGAGAGAACCUCACCACCAGGAGUACAGUGUCACAACUUACCUCUUGGUACUCUGGUCCCAGCCUGCUGGAGCAGAUUGACGCCUUCAAAGCGCCCCAGCGAUCCGUAGACAAACCGUUCAGACUGUGUGUCUCCGAUGUGUUCAAAGACCAGGGUUCAGGCUUCUGUGUUACAGGGAAGAUCGAGGCUGGUUACAUUCAGACCGGAGAGAGAAUACUGGCUAUGCCUCCCAAUGAAACCUGCACUGUCAAAGGUAUUACUCUACACGAUGAGGCUCUGGACUGGGCCGCAGCAGGAGACCAUGUCAGCCUGACCGUCACCGGCAUGGACAUCAUCAAGAUCAAUGUGGGCUGUGUGUUCUGUGAUCCCAAGGAGCCUAUUCGAGUCUGUACUCGAUUCAGAGCCCGAAUCCUUCUUUUCAAUAUCGAGGUUCCCAUAACAAAAGGCUUCCCAAUCUUGCUGCAUUACCACACAGUCAGUGAGCCAGCCACCAUUAGGAAACUGAUCAGCGUUUUACACAAGAGCAGCGGCGAGGUCCUCAAGAAGAAACCAAAGUGCUUGAGUAAAGGCAUGAAUGCCAUCGUGGAGAUCCAGACCCAGAGGCCGGUGUCACUAGAGCUGUACAAGGACUUCAAGGAGCUGGGCCGCUUCAUGCUCAGAUAUGUCGGCUCCACCAUUGCUGCAGGGGUUGUCACUGAGAUCAAAGAAUGAAGAGCCUUUCCAUCGACACCGAGCCAGUCAGACCUUACUCUGGAGACUGCAUGCAGCCAGAGACAAAGUGCAAUUCCUCAAGAGAUUCCCCUUAUGGACUCAGAGUGUCACAUUCAUCCAGCGACGUCUCCCAUUUAGCGUCAACACUAACUGCACAGUUACAACGUGGCAUGAUGCUGAGCAGCCUCCUCCGGCAAACAGGAGCAUUACCCAGCGCUCCUCCUCCACUUCAAAUUUCCCCACCGUCUGACCUUUUUUUUUUGUUUUUUUUAGUACAAACCUCGUUGCUCUAAAUUCACUGUUUGAUCAAGCCAAAACAAUAAUAUAAUCCAACUCUGAAAGUCAAUCUUACCACACUGAAAUUUUAACCGUGAUUAAUGUCAAUGUACUUUCCCUGAAGAAGCCAUGGCUGAUCAUUUAUCUUGACUUGAAAGAAUCCUGGUGUAACAACCAGUGCAGAUAGUUUAACUGGAGCUGUUGACAAAUCAGCUGUGGUGUAAGCAUGACAUUUGCUUUCUGGUGUAUGGAGUCCACAUUUUUUCUGUUGAGUUAAGAUGAGGAAUAACAUCACAGCUUCACAGUAUAAUAAGGCUCUCCUAAUCAAAACCGCUGACAUGAAAUGACUAAUUUUAAAUGACCGAAAUGACGAAUGAGAUGUAAUAUCGUGCGGCAGUUGAAAGCAAAAUUUAUUAUUUUUACCAUAAGCAUGGAGACACUCUAACCAAGGUAGUUUGAAAAACAAAAAAGGGAAACUUUCAAAUGUUCCUCUCUGGAUAAAGAGACAUCCCUCUCAUUCAUGUCAAAAAAAAGAUACUUGAAAUGCUUUAACAGUAAAGCACCAACAUGCUUUUUGAAGUGCUCAUCUGUUUUGUUUUUUUUCUAUCAAAGACAGCGAGGAGGAGGAGGGUUGAAGGAGCUGUGUUUCUGUUUUCUCCAUGUGUUGGUGAAGGUAAUGUGAAGGAAGACGAUGCAAAAUGAACUUGACAUCAGUAAUCUGUGUUUUGAGUUUUGAUUUCAGCAGUUUGAAGCGUCUCCUUUUUAUCCAACUCAUAAAAAGAAUUCUCUAAAUCCUUG